AUGUCGAAGAAAUCUACAUAUGUAUCAAUUGGAAGAGAGAUAGAAUAAGCGAGAAUGACAAAGUCUUCUGGUUUUAGUGAUUCACUAAAUGAAAAGGAACUUCGUAAUAGAGCAAACAGUCUGUUACAAAAGCCUUAAUUAAAGAAGUUUUACAAGAAUAAGAAAGAUGGAGCAAUAAUAAAACCAAAUAAGAUUGCAGAACAGUUAAGAAAUACUUUUAUCGAUAAAUUAAACUUGACGAAUUUGGAGAAUAUGGCUCCACCAAAAUCUACAGUCUCACAUUAAUCUUCAACGACUACUCAAGCUUUUUGUUUUGAAAUAGAUUUUGAUUGGCUAGAUUAUUGUGAUGAGUAGAAGUUCAAAUAGAUAUUUAAAGAAGACCUUAAGGACAUACCAGAUAUUGAACAAUAUGUUGAAGAGAAUCAGUCAUAUUUAUGCCAUAUUUUUGCUUAAUGUGCUUGUGCUAAAUGUACAUGUAAUAAAUGCAUAUGUUAAUACAAAAAGAAAUUAGAAUUAAAUUAUGCAUAUGGAAUGCUUACUUCUAAUAGGUUUGAUUAUGUACCAAAAUAAAAUAAAUGUUGUACUCCAAUAAUAACACAAACUCAUUAUGAUAAUAUUGGAUUACCAGUAGCAUCAAUGCAAUUCAAUUCUACUUAGAGAGAUAAUUAUAAAUGGAUACCAUAGGAUAGACCAAGAACAUCUUCUAAAUCUAUGUAUGAAUCUCACAACUUGCCUACUGGAUAAACUACUAACAAUGUACGAAUUUCUAUUCAAUAGUCUUGCUCACUUUUAUUAAUUGGAAGGACUAUACUCCAAAUAUUUUUAAGGCUCCCCAAUUUCGUACUACUGGUAAAACCAAUCUGAU